AUGACCAAACGCACCCCCGGACAGCUCAGCACCCAAUCGUCGAUGGCUUCGCUGCCGCAGAGGCCUGCCGCGCCCGUCGAGUCGCAGCAGUCGCCGACCUCCGCCCCCUCAUACAUGGCCGCCUCGGACGACUCCCAGCCCAAGACUAGCCCCAAGACGCCCAGGGCAUCGCGCGAGUUCGUCCUCGCUGACAUGGAUGGCCGCAGUGCCCGCGACAACCGCGCCUGCGCUAACUGCAUCAUGAAGCUGACCCCCCGCGAGGUUCAGCAGGUCAACUGGCACCUGACCGAGGACCAGCCUUGUCGCCUCUGCCAGAUCGCUGAGGGGAAGCCCGAGGCUUACACCAAGCCCUUUACGGACUUCCUCCAGGAGAACCCUACCGUAUUCCACACCGUCCAGCAUUUCAAGACGAAGCUCAACCAGCUGGACUUCACCGAGCUUCCCUCGUACGACAGCUGGACCGACAAGCUUCAGCCCGGCGGAAGAUACUACGUCACCCGCAACGGCAGCUCCUUGAUCGCCUUUACCGUGGGUAAGGCCUACAAGCCCGGAGAUGGUGUCGCCAUGAUUGCCGGCCACAUCGACGCCCUGACGGCCAGGCUCAAGCCCGUGAGCUCCAAGCCCAACAAGGCUGGCUACGUCCAGCUCGGCGUCGCCCCCUAUGCCGGCGGCCUUAACCAGACCUGGUGGGACCGCGACCUGUCGAUUGGCGGCAGAGUCAUCGUGCGCGACGACAAGACCGGCAAGACGACGACUAAGCUGGUCAAGCUGGACUGGCCCAUUGCCAAGAUUCCCACGCUUGCUCCUCACUUUGGCGUCGGCAUGAUGGGCUCCAACAAUCCCGAGACCGAAGCCGUCCCCAUCAUCGGGCUCGAGGGCCCCAACGACGAGGCCGAGGCCGAGGGCCUGGGCAGUCCGGGGUCCUUUGUCCGCACCCAGCCCCCGCGCCUGGUCAAGCUUCUGGCCAAGGAGCUGGGCAUCACGUCGCUCGACAGCAUCCUCAACUGGGAGCUCGAGCUGUUCGACUCGCAGCCCGCCCAGACGCUCGGCCUGGACCGCGAGUUCAUCACGGCCGGCCGCAUUGACGACAAGCUGUGCUCUUGGUCCGCCCUGGUGGCCCUGCUCGCCGCCUCGGACAACGAAGACGACGGCUUCGUCAAGCUGGUUGCCCUCUUCGACGACGAGGAGAUUGGAUCUCUGCUCCGCCAGGGCGCCCGCGGCAACUUCCUGCCCCUCACCGUCGAGCGCAUCGUCGAAGGUCUCAACCCGUCCCUGUACGGCCCGGGCGUCAUCGGCCAGACCUACGCCCGCUCCUUCCUGUGCUCGGCCGACGUGACCCACGCCGGCAACCCCAACUUCCUCGGCCGCUACCUGGACGACCACGUGCCCCGCCUCAACGUCGGCAUGGUCCUGUCCACCAGCCCCAACGGCCACAUGACCACUGACGCCGUGUCCACGGCCAUCCUGCGCCGCUCCGCCGACCUGUCGGGAUGCCAGACCCAGGUCUUCCAGGUGAGGAACGACUCGCGCGAGGGAGGCACCGUGGGCCCCAUGCUAUCCAGCGCGAUGGGCGUCAAGGCCGCCGACGUCGGUCUGCCCCAGCUCAGCAUGCACUCUGUCCGUGCCACCACCGGUGCCCUCGACCCCGGACUUGGCGUCAAGUUCUUCAAGGGGUUCCUGGAUAACUGGCAGAAGAUUUAUGCUGAGUGGGAGUAA